AUGGCGGCAGUGCCCCAGAGAACACUUAACUGGCUUUACAGUAUUCUGAUAAGGGACCACUACGACCCCAAGCAGACAUAUCAGGAUCCCAACCGAACCUACUACGAUGUCGCUAAUACACUAGCCCAAUAUCCCUCCCUUUCUCCGCGAACCGAUGUCUAUACCUACGAAACCGGCUUCUCCACGCUGCUUCUCCUCAUCGCGGGGACAAUACCUGUCCCCUUUCGCGGAACGCUAUACAAAUUCCCAGUCGCACUAUGGAUUCCCACGGCAUACCCUCGCGAGCCGCCAAUUGUGUACGUGACUCCAACGAACGAUAUGGUGGUCCGCGUCGGGCAGCAUGUGACGUUGGAGGGGAGGGUAUACCAUCACUACUUGGCGCACUGGCUGGAGGCAUGGGAUAGAUCUACAAUCGCCGACCUUCUGGGCAUCCUACGAGACGUCUUCGCAACCGAACCGCCCGUUAAGUAUAAACACCCGAUACAGCAGUCACAACCACAAUCAAUGCCUACACCACCGCCUGUGCCUCCGUUACCACCCGGAUUCGGUCCGUCGACGACGCAGAGCGUGCCCUCGCCCAGACCGGAAGCUCAAGUUCCACCUCCGCCGCCUCCAAAGCCAGGUCAAAUGGUAGCUGCUGAGCAGCAACAGCAGACAUUUCCAGCAGGACGAUACAACUCUCCCCCGCCUCUUCCCCCAUUACCGCCAGAGGAACAAGCACGACGACGAUCAUUAUCUCCUCAGAUAGGUAUGAGUCCUGGCGGAAUGGCGAGUCCAUAUCGAGUGCCGCAACAACCGCACAUGGCUGGACCAGCAUACUCCAACGGCACUCCAGUUAGUCCUGUGCAGAAUUCUGGCUGGCAACAACCGCCGCGACAAUACCCACCGCAGCAGAUACCCCGUCAUCCUGCCUACCAAAAACAGCCCGUUGCUCCAUAUCCACACUCUCCCAUGCCUCAUCAGCGACAGCUUUCACAAGCAAUACCAACCACACAACCGAUGCCAACACCAGCACCCGCACCAGCACAAACCGCACCAAAACAACCAGCACCCGCACCAGAUCUUCUCACCUCACCCUUCGAACUGGAACUCCCCUCCUUCACACCCACAGGACCGGCCCCGCCAAUCCCUCCAAACCCCGAGAAAGACGCCCUCGUCAAGUCAGUCUCCAAAACACUAGCUGAAACAAUCCAAUCAAACAUCUCGCAAUCCGAAUCAGCCGCCCACUCACUUACUUCCCAGUCCCAUUCCCUGCAUAACGCAAUCGCGACCUUGCAAGCCGAGAUCUCCUCGUUAAACUCGCUCAAUGGAACCCUCCAAUCAAACACUUCUAUCCUCCAACACUCCCUCCAAAACGCAGACACCGUCAUCGCAGACGCCCAAACCCGUCUCUCCACCAGAUCUUCGUCCCCAACAUCUACCUCCGCAUCUCCACUCCCCUCAACCACCGGCACAGCAUCAACAUCAGCCGCAGUCCAAGUCCAAGGCCUCCCCCCCAUCGACGAAAUCCUCGUUGCCCCCACCGUCGUCGGAAAACAACUCUACGACCUCGUCGCCGAGGAAGCGGGGAUCCAGCAAGCUAUCUACGCACUGCAGGUUGCGCUUGUCAAGGGUGUUAUUGGAGUUGAGACGUGGUCGAGACAUACGCGGGGGUUGGCGAGGGAAGCGUUUCUUAAAAGGGCGUUAGGGAGGAAAGUUGCGGUGGGGUUGGGGUGUGAGGGAGUUUAG